UAUCACACUUAUUUUACUGGUGUGCUUAUCUGGAUCAUAUCUACUGGAGGAUAUUUAUGGAAAAAGGUUCAGGUUGAAGACUUUGCUCUGUCUUUUAUUACCCUCACUGAACAGUCGCCUCAGUAUAUCAGUAGCUAUAUUCACAUUAGGUGACAAGAUGAAGUCAUUCCUGCCUGAACCAUUUCCAGUAUCUCCAGUUCUGGUUUUGUGGUUGUUUUUUUUUUCCCUCGCUGAACUUUUCUUAUUUGCUGAUUAAGUGAUUUUCCAUAAUUAGAGGCAAACUAAGAGCCAGCUGCUUCCUGGCAGUAAUAGCAACAGAGAAGACAACAAUAACUAGUAGAUUUUGUUACCCUACCAAACCACGAGCCAAAGACCGAGAGUUUGGAGUUCCUGUUGCCAGUAGCUUCCAGAAUGUUCUCAUCACAAGUGUUCUAGCUCAUUAUGUAGGUCGCAAAGAUCAGUCAAUAUUGCAUGACACUGUCGUCCACCCUGCUGAUCCUGCUGCCAGGCCCUGCUCCUGUACCGUACACUACAGUGUGUCAGAUAUUAUUGGCUGCUGCUGCGAGUUUGAGGAAUAUAAUACUAAUAAUACAAAUAAUGAAUGCAGGUUCUCUGUUGAUUAAGUUUAACAUAUCUUUUCAAAUAUCUUGUAUUUGUUGAGUGGGCAAUACAGUUUUUGGCCCUAGUGGCUCUUCUCUGCUGUGAAACAUAUUGUGAUGCAGCACAAACUGAUGCCAAUUUGACGGACACCAUAUUCCGCUAACCGUCAUCUUAAUAGCCUUCAACUGUCAAAAGGCAUGGAAAUAGCAUUAACAUGGUCAUUACCAUGACGGAGCUUGUUUUGGGACAAUAGACACGUAUUAUACCGCUUUUCAGCAUCCUUUGUUUCACUGAGGGUGGGGAGAGAAUGGGAAGGUGAAACCCCAUAAUGCUCUCUGUUGGCACUGUGUAGAUGACAGCUGGAGAGCGUGGGAUUGGGGAUAGAGGCACGUGUGAGCCCUCUGUUAAAAGCCGAACAGGAUUAGUGCGGUGUGCAGAGGAUUAAGCGGGCUUUGGUGUGAACAUUGGUAUGGUGCCAUUUCUGUUUCAUAUCCAGGGAAAAGGUUCUGCUUCAUGGACCCCGAUAGGCUGUGAUUAAACAUCUGUUUAUUUCUGUUUCUCCACAUCAUUUCUCAUUCUCUAGUCUUGCCUUUUUAAUGGUCUCCUUUAAAGGGAUGCUAUUAUACUCAUUUUCACUGUUCAUAAUUUUACUUUUGGGGCCACUUAGAGUCGAUUUGCAUGCUUCAAAGCUCAAAAAACACAUUAUAUUUCUCGUACUGUACAUCCCUGUUCAUUCUGUCUGUAAUUCUGUCUAUAAUGCUCUGUUAGAGCUUUAAGCCCCGCCCCCAAUGAGUCCAGUGUGCUCUGAUUGGUCAGCAUGCGCUACACGGCAGAUCCUCGCAGGUAGGUUGCCAAUAAGGAUUGUGUUACGAGGUGACCACACCAUGUCACGGAAGUAAGAACUUAAAUUCCAACAAGGCGCUUUGGGCAGAUUGGAGAAGAUUGGUUUCCGUAUUGAAAGUUACUCCCUUUUGCAUGGACUUUUGGGCCUUAAGACUUUGCGGACCAUUGACAUGCACAUGAAGUUAUAUAAGGCACUAAAGGAAAGGAGAAAGCUGGAAAGCAUCAUAGGGGCCCUUUAAGCCUAGUAUGGCCUUAUCUUACUAAUUUAAAAUGGGAGGAGGAGCGGUAAACAUUCUGAGGGGUGAGAUGAGCAGGAGUGUGAAACCACUCCGGUUUGUACUGUACUCCCUUCUCCUAGGCUCUGGCUGGGCUUUGAGGUGAAUCUGUCGCCCUUAUGCUCCCCCAGCUAGAUUUUGGGAAGACGGCUUCGUUCCAGUACCUCCCCUACUCUGCUCCGUGACGGCUGGCACCCGUGAAUGUUAUUCAGGUUUUUUGGGGACGGGCUCCUCUGUCUGCAGGGCAAACGACAUGUCGACGUUGUUAUGUCGUCAGUAAUUAUAGCCCCUUCUCAGAUCUUUCCCACAGUUAGUAGUAAUGUUUAUGUACAGUACAUCACGUCUCAGCUUGUGAAAUAAUCAUGCCACUUUUCGCUUUUAGAAUCUUAUGAAUAAUAACCAAAUGCUCAAAUACCUUAAUCAAAUGUGUGUUAGAUUACUAAUCUUGUUAGGUUACUCUCACUGUUUCUUAGUUUUUCAUUUGUCAUCCAGCUAGUAACUUCUAUCCGUUCAUACAGUCGGCUUCUAACAACUUAUCCUGGUUAGGAGAUGGGGGCUGGAUCCUAUCCCAGUCAGCUCAGGGCACAAGGCUAGGAUGCGCACUGGAUGGGAUGGUUAGUAGGCCUAACUUCAAUCUGUUAACUAGUUUGUGGAAGUUUAAGGGUUUGCGAGCUCCAGUCUCGUCAGCCCUCUUGAUCUGGAUCCUCCCAGAGAGCUCCAUCUCCAUGGGGCUGUGUGAUCUGCAUUGAGAUGAUGUGGAGGUUGGGAUCAGGAUGGCCGCUGUUGACUUUCCACGUACGAGUGGCUCUGAGAUACCCCCCAGGCACGACACACUCUCCUUCUUCCCUGCUGGAGCAGAGGUCAUCUGGGCAGGCAAAAACAUGGAGCCACGGCAGCUGCAGGCCGUCUCUGGGCCUCGUGGAGCCUUGCGUCUCCGUGGGGGUGAUCUCCUCCCUGACCUCUCUCCCUGCAUUUCCUUCUCUGUCUCGUGUGAGGGAUUACCUCUGCUUGGCUUUUUGCCCCUUGAUAGCCUGAGCUAAUUUUACCAUAAAGAAAAAAAAUUAUAGCAUGGACCUACUCGUGAUCUGAUAUUUAAGGUUGUAUAUAAUUAGUGCAGCUUCCCAGAGCCGUUUAUCCAGUGUGUGACCGCAGAGAGCAUGGAGCUCAUCGUGGGCAUGAGUGCAUCUUGGACAAGAUGCCUUUCCAACAUGGGACACACUCGCUCACAUUUAGGGACCCCCAUCCAUCAAACUCGCAUGUAUGGACAGUGGGACAAACCUUGAGUAGUGGAAGGACUUUGUGGUAUGUAAAGGCCAAGGACACCUCUCGGAAGGCCAAUUCUUCUGAACAGGAUGAUUCCCGGUGGAUAUUCAUCAACCAGCCCCAGUCCACAAGGUUCUGCAGCAAUCGUAUCAGCACUGCGAAGUACAACGUCCUCACAUUCCUGCCCCGGUUCCUCUUCUCCCAGUUCAGGAGAGCAGCCAACUCCUUCUUCCUUUUCAUCGCGCUCCUGCAGCAAAUUCCGGAUGUUUCACCAACUGGGAGAUGGACAACCUUAGUUCCUCUUCUCUUCAUCCUUAUAGUGGCAGCUGUAAAGGAGGUCAUUGAGGAUCUGAAGCGUCAUAGCGCAGACAAUGUAGUGAAUAAGAAGAAAACCCAAGUGCUGAGAAACGGCACCUGGGAGAUAGUCCACUGGGAGAAGGUAGUGGUGGGAGAUAUAGUUAGAAUAAAUGGCAAAGAGUUCGUACCUGCGGACACAAUCCUACUGUCGUCCAGUGAGCCGCACGCCAUGAGCUAUAUCGAGACAUCCAACCUAGAUGGAGAGACCAACCUUAAAAUCCGACAGGGCCUGCAGCUCACUGCAGAAUUUAAGGACACAGAGAGCCUGGCCAGGUUGACCGGCCGUAUGGAGUGCGAGAGCCCCAACCGGCACCUCUAUGAAUUCGUGGGGAACAUCCGUCUGGAAGGUCACAGUCCGGUGCCUUUGGGUCCAGACCAGAUUCUGCUGAGAGGUGCCCAGCUGAGGAACACGCAGUGGGUUCAUGGCAUUGUGGUCUACACCGGGCAUGACACCAAACUCAUGCAGAAUUCCACCCGGCCUCCCUUAAAGUUGUCGAAUGUGGAGCGCAUCACCAACUUCCAGAUCCUGGCCCUUUUCGGCUGUCUGCUGGCUAUCUCCCUGGUAUGCUCUGUCGGCCAAACCAUCUGGAAGAGCCAGUAUGGCGAUGGCGCCUGGUACAUGGAUCUGAACUAUGGAGCUGCUGCUAACUUUGGCCUCAAUUUUUUGACCUUCAUUAUCCUCUUCAAUAACCUGAUUCCUAUUAGCCUUUUGGUCACCCUGGAGGUCAUUAAGUUUGUCCAGGCCUUUUUCAUCAGCUGGGACAUGGACAUGCACUAUGAAGCCACCAACACGUCCGCCAUGGCUCGUACCUCCAACCUGAACGAGGAGCUGGGACAGGUGAAGUACAUCUUCUCAGACAAAACCGGGACCCUAACCUGCAACGUGAUGCAGUUCCUGAAGUGCACUAUCGCAGGAGUGACCUAUGGCAGGCACAGUGCCAGCUCUGCUGAGGAGAUGGGAUUCAGUGACCCCAGCCUGCUGGAAAACCUCCAGAGCGAUCAUCCCACUGCCCCUGUCAUCUGGGAGUUCAUGACCAUGAUGGCUGUGUGCCACACCGCUGUCCCUGAGCGAACCGACGACGGCAUCGUCUACCAGGCUGCCUCUCCAGACGAGGGGGCGCUGGUGAGGGCAGCGAGGAAUCUGGGUUUCGUCUUCUCCGGGAGGACGCCGGACUCGGUCAUCAUCACGUCACUCGGUAAAGAAGAGAAAUAUGUGCUGCUGAACGUGCUGGAGUUCACAAGCUCUAGGAAGAGAAUGUCAGUCAUCGCGCGGACUCCGUCCGGAAGGAUCCGGCUGUACUGCAAAGGAGCGGACACGGUCAUCUAUGACAGGCUGGCUGACAGCUCUCAUUACAAGGACAUCACACUCAAGCACCUGGAGCAGUUUGCUACAGAGGGUCUUCGCACUCUGUGCUUCGCCACGGCCGACAUCUCGGAAGCCGCCUACAGAGAGUGGCUGCAGACACACCACCGGGCCGCCACCGCACUCCAGGACCGGGCCGUGAAGCUGGAGGAGAGCUACGAUCUCAUCGAGAAGAACCUGCAGCUGCUGGGUGCCACCGCCAUUGAGGACAGGCUCCAGGACGAAGUCCCCGAGACCAUCGAGACUCUGGUGAAGGCCGAUAUCAAGAUCUGGGUCCUGACAGGAGACAAGCAGGAGACCGCCAUCAACAUCGGACACUCAUGCAAGCUGUUGAGGAAGAACAUGGGACUGCUGCUUGUCAACGAGGACACUUUGGACGCCACACGGGACACACUGAGUCAUCACUGCGGCAUGCUGGGAGACGCUCUGCACAAGGAAAACGACUUUGCGCUCAUUAUCGACGGCAAGACCCUGAAGUAUGCGCUGAGCUUUGGAGUCCGCCACUACUUCCUGGACCUGGCAUUGUCCUGCAGGGCCGUCAUCUGCUGCAGGGUGUCCCCGCUGCAGAAGUCCGAGGUGGUGGAGAUGGUGAAGAAGCAGGUUCACGUGAUCACGCUGGCCAUCGGUGACGGCGCCAAUGAUGUGGGCAUGAUCCAGACCGCCCACGUGGGCGUGGGAAUCUCCGGCAACGAAGGCCUGCAGGCCGCCAACUCCUCCGACUACUCGAUCGCUCAGUUUAAGUACCUAAAGAACCUGUUACUUGUCCACGGUGCCUGGAACUACAACCGAGUGGCGAAGUGCAUCCUCUACUGCUUCUACAAGAACAUCGUCCUGUACAUCAUCGAGAUCUGGUUCGCCUUCGUGAAUGGUUUCUCGGGACAGAUCCUCUUCGAACGCUGGUGUAUCGGCCUCUACAACGUGAUCUUCACGGCCCUGCCCCCCCUGACCCUGGGCAUAUUCGAGCGCUCUUGCCGGAAGGAGAACAUGCUGAAGUACCCACAGCUCUACAAGACGUCCCAGAAUGCAAUGGGCUUCAACACCAAGGUCUUCUGGGGCCAUUGUCUGAACGGCCUGUUCCACUCCAUCAUCCUCUUCUGGUUUCCCCUGCAGGCCUUCCAGCACGAUACGGCCUUUGGAAACGGACGGACGGCAGAUUACCUCCUCCUGGGGAACAUGGUUUAUACAUAUGUGGUCAUCACCGUGUGCCUGAAAGCCGGCCUGGAGACGUCAUCCUGGACUAUGUUCAGCCACAUCGCCAUCUGGGGCAGCAUCGGCCUGUGGGUGGUGUUCUUUGGAGUGUACGCCUCGCUCUGGCCUGCUAUCCCUCUGGCUCCAGACAUGUCGGGUGAGGCGGACAUGAUGUUCAAUUCCGGAGUCUUCUGGAUGGGCUUGUUCUUCAUCCCCGUCACAUCGUUGGUCUUUGAUGUGACCUACAAAGUGAUGAAGCGAGUCUACUUCAAGACCUUGGUGGAUGAAGUUCAAGAGUUGGAGGCCCUCUCCCAGGACCCUGGAGCAGCAGUUCAUGGGAAAAGUUUGACCGAGAGAGCCGGACUCCUGAAGAACGUAUUCAAGAAGAACACAGCCGCGUACCGCGCUCAGUCCAUGCAGCACACCCUGCUCCCCCUGCAGGAAUUGACAGAGUCACAACAGGUGUGAAGAUGGCUAUGCCUUCUCGCAGGACGAGAACGGGGCAGUCUCUCAGUCGGAGGUCGUCCGGGCGUACGACACCACCAAACGGAGGACGGACGAGUAGUGAAGCUCCGCCCCCUCAGGGGCCGAUCCUCCACAGGACCCCGCCCACUCUCCCGGCACAUCGGAGCAUGCUGAAGAGUCACACCGGUGACAGAUGUGAAGCUGCAGGAGUUUUUUUUUUAUUGGGGGCAUAAAAACACUGAACAGAGAUUUUAGUUUGUAUUAUUUCUUCUUCGGCGAGUUCGCUGCGCUGACACUGUGAGGGGAAGAAGGACUUCGGAGCUUCGUCUGAGUAUUCAGGGCUCUUGAGGUCUGACAACCCCGCCUUGCCACAGAACUGCAUGCAGAUCACUGCGUCUGCAGGGGCGACUGAUCCCAGGGAACGGAGGGAAAAGCCUCCUCUCAUAGCAUAAAAUUCAGACACCGGAAGACAGAGCACAACAGAGGCUCCUCAGUGGAUGUUGCCUGGAAGUGAAUGGGACGGGAAGAGGAUCCUAUUAGCGAUGACAUAGUGCCGAUUGCCACUACAACACAACCAGCCGUGCGAGAAUGUAGCUUGCCAAAGAGACACAAAUGUGAUUUUACUCCUUCCUGUGAUUCCUGAAUGCAGUUGCAGCUGAAACAUUAAUGUAUUCGGUUUUAUGUACCGAGGAUUAGCGAGUCAUUUUCACACUGGAGCAUUUUAUGGGUAUUUUACAGGUGAAGGCUUUCUGCUCGGUUUAGGUUGGCGUCUGUGUUGUCUGUUUCCCUCCUCCCUGAUUUUUUUUGUCUUCCACAAUUCCCACACACUGCACACAUCACCCCUCCGUAGCUCCUCUUCCUGGCCGAAUCCAUUUAAGGUGUGGCAGCUGGUAGGCCUGGCCGAGAGAGCCGUCCAUCAAACGCAGCGCUCACCCCAUUGGCCAGUUUCGGACUAAGGCGGGCUUUGGGUCUGGGGGUGGGCCUGUGAACUGUGCUGUCAGUCCAUCAAUGCAUCAUUCACACUUUGAGGGGUCAGAGUCUAGUGGAAAGGUGGGGGGGGUGUCAAUGCAUUUGUAGAUUUUCUUUUCAGAUUUUUAUAUCCUGGAACAUUUAUUACAUGAGAAGUAAGUGCCAUUAGCUCGGGGGAAAAUGAUUCUUAGCCAGUCAGUUGUGGUGCUCACACUGGGACAGUAACCGCGUUCGUAUUUUUAUAUCCAACCUGUAAAAUGUAAUAAAUCUUCUGUUACUAGACACCCCCCAGGCACCUCAUUUUUAAAUUAAAAAAAAGUAAACGUGCUGCUUAUUUUUCAUUUAUAAACAGCAUUGCCAUGUUUUUGUGAGAUUCGUUGUGCGUGUGUCUAUGUGAGACGUUCUCUCUGGCAGUGAGGUUCAUGUGUGCAGGCACUGCACCCCUCAGCGCCUGCCUGCAGGGUGACACGCGGCUGUGUGGUGUGCUAAGUGUGCUACCCCGAGCUCUGCUCCAUUUUCCUACCCGCCACUGCAGGUAGCCUGGCCCGGAUUUGUCUGCCGCUGAUUCCUUACCUUCACCGCUCCGGGAGCCUUCUGGGUGUCACGGAAAAUGAGCUUCCAACUCCGAAAUCUCAGCAGAGGGGGGGUCUGGCUCUCCCGUAAACCGUCACUGCAUUUUAACUACUGAUUUUAACAGCUGCCUUCUCAGUGUCCAAGCAACCAGCAUCCAGGAUAACAAACUGUUGUCUGUUUAUAAUAAAGCUCACUGGUUUUGCUCAUA